AUGGCGGCCGUACGGAGCCUGCGAGUGUCUGUGAAGGGGGAGGCCCCGGUGGGGCCAGUCCUGGGGCUCCCUUCGCCAGAGGCUGAAUCCGGUUUGGAGCGUGGCGAACCGGAGCCCAUGGAGGUGGAGGAAGGCGAACUGGAAAUCGUACCGGUGCGGCGCUCGCUGAAGGAACUGAUCCCGGACACCAGUAGAAGAUAUGAAAACAAGGCUGGCAGCUUCAUCACUGGAAUUGAUGUCACCUCCAAGGAAGCAAUUGAAAAGAAAGAACAGCGAGCCAAACGCUUCCACUUUCGGUCAGAAGUAAAUCUUGCCCAAAGAAAUGUAGCCUUGGACCGAGACAUGAUGAAGAAAGCAAUCCCCAAAGUGAGACUGGAGACAAUCUACAUUUGUGGCGUAGAUGAGAUGAGUACCCAGGAUAUCUUUUCCUAUUUUAAAGAAUAUCCUCCAGCUCACAUUGAAUGGUUGGAUGAUACCUCCUGUAAUGUGGUUUGGCUGGAUGAAAUGACAGCUACACGAGCCCUUAUCAAUAUGAGCUCUCUUCCAGCCCUGGAUAAGAUACGAAGCAGGGAUGCCAGUGAGGACAAAUCAUCUGAGAAAAAUAAAAAAGACAAGCAGGAAGACAGCUCAGAUGAUGAUGAGGCUGAAGAAGGAGAAGUUGAAGAUGAGAACUCAAGUGAUGUAGAGUUGGACACGUUGUCUCAGGUAGAAGAAGAAUCUCUGUUAAGAAACGAUCUUCGUCCAGCUAAUAAGCUUGCUAAAGGAAAUAGGUUAUUCAUGAGAUUUGCUACAAAAGAUGACAAAAAGGAACUUGGAGCAGCCAGACGAAGUCAAUAUUACAUGAAAUAUGGGAAUCCAAAUUAUGGAGGCAUGAAAGGAAUUCUUAGCAAUUCUUGGAAGCGAAGAUAUCAUUCCCGUCGCAUUCAGCGGGAUGUGAUCAAGAAGAGAGCCCUGAUUGGGGAUGACGUUGGCUUGACAUCUUAUAAACACCGACAUUCCGGACUAGUAAAUGUUCCUGAGGAACCCAUUGAAGAAGAGGAAGAGGAGGAGGUAGAGGAAGACCAGGACAUGGAUGCAGACGACAGGGUGGUAGUAGAGUACCACGAGGAGCUGCCAGCUAUUAAGCCGGCCCGGGAGCAGAGUGCAUCUAGGCGGUCCAGUGCCAGCAGCUCAGACUCUGAUGAGAUGGACUAUGAUCUAGAACUGAAAAUGAUUUCCACUCCUUCACCAAAGAAAAGCAUGAAAAUGACCAUGUAUGCUGAUGAAGUGGAAUCUCAGUUGAAAAAUAUUAGGAACUCCAUGAGGGCAGAUAGUAUAUCCACAAGCAACAUAAAAAACAGAAUUGGUAACAAAUUACCAUCUGAGAAAUUUGCAGAUGUGCGACAUCUGUUAGAUGAAAAACGUCAACACACACGUCCAAGGCCACCGGUCAGCAAUACAAAGUCAGAUAUACGCCAGCGGUUAGGAAAAAGACCGUAUUCUCCAGAAAAGGCUUUGAGUAGUAACCCAGUCCUGCGGAGAGAGCCUUUUUCUGAUGUACAUAGUAGGUUAGGUGUUCCCAGACAAGAUGUUAAAGGCCUCUACUCUGAUACCCGGGAGAAGAAAUCAGGGAGUUUAUGGACUCGCUUAGGAUCCACACCCAAGACCAAAGACAAGAAUAUGAAGAAAGUGGAGCACAGGACGCCCGGCACUGAGGAAGACGACUCCGAGCUGCAGAGGGCGUGGGGGGCUCUGAUUAAGGAGAAAGAACAGUCUCGCCAAAAGAAGAGCCGGUUAGAUAACUUACCAUCUCUCCAGAUUGAAGUUAGUCGGGAAAGCAGCUCUGGUUCAGAGGCAGAAUCCUGAUGCCCUUGUGCCCAAAGGCAGCUGCCCUAAAGCCUGACAUUCUUGCACAGGGUCGGGCGCACAGUAGGAACCUCCCCUGCAGGAGUUGGUGCCCCUCCUACUUGUACUCAUACAGUCACCCUUAGUUCUUGCUGUUUGAGCAAGACAUCUUAAGAAUGUGAUGUGUUUUGAAGGGCAUCUAUCUUAUCUAUCUUUUGCUGCAGAGUAAUAGUUCUGGGCCCUCAAUUCUUUUCCCACAUCCCACAAGCUUUACCCUUUGAGAAAAAGGCAGCCCUCCAGGUUUUGUAGAUGUUUUUCUUAAUAUUUUUAACAUUGUGCUUUUAAAAAAAAUGUUUUACACAGUUCAUCCA